CGGCGGCAAAAAGAUACUCCUGUUAUUAUAUAUACAGUGGUCGGCCCCAAACUGUCUCCUAAUUCCGAAGCUCGACGUUGUUUUUUGUCUCACAGUUAUUGUGAGCGGGCAGUUUGAUCGUCCACGUUUUUCGGCGCCGUUUAAUCUUAGGGAUAAUGGUAAAGUACUCUUGGGAACCCAAGGAUGAAGAUGAAAGUAAAACUUGCAAAGCAAGAAUCCCGUAUCUAAGGACUCAUUUCAAAAACAUGCAUGAGUGUGCGUGUGCAGUAAAGGGGAUGACUCUCCAGCGAGCUCAAACUUACUUGAAAAAUGUCAUUGAGAAGAAAGAGAUUAUUCCUUUCCGACGAUUCAAUGGUGGCGUUGGUCGUCAUGCUCAGGCAAAAGUCUGGAAAACAACUCAGGGUAGAUGGCCUAAGAAGUCUGCUCAGAUGCUUCUUCAGCUUCUGCACAAUGCAUUCAGCAAUGGUGUAUACAAAGAUAUAAAAGGAGGAGAAGCCAGUCGUUUGUAUAUCAAACAUAUUCAGGUAAACCAAGCACCUAAAAUGCGACGUCGUACUUAUCGUGCCCAUGGUCGUAUUAAUCCUUACAUGUGCUCACCAUGCCAUGUAGAAGUCAUACUUGCUACAAAAGAUGAUAUUGUCCCUAAGGUCCCUGCAGCUGCACCACAGUUAGUAAAGAAGAAAGAAUCUAAGAAAAAGAUGAAAAAGCAACUAAUGAAGGAGAGUGCUGGUUUUUAAUUAUCUUAAUAUACAUGAUUGGAUAAUUAAACAAUUUCUGGAAUCUUACCACUGCGUAAUAAGUUUUCAUAUUGACUGUUUCUACUUUGUGAGCAAAGCUGUUGUCGCGUACUGUAACGUAAAAGUGGUAAAUUUAUUACAAUCUUCCUACUGUCACUUCAUAUUGCCAUGGUUAUAUGUUCCUGUUUUUAGUUCCUUAUUGGUAUUUAGCCAUAUGUCUAAUAUUUUGGAUCAGGUUGAAUUAUGUAUUUACUCAUAACUAACUACAACGUUUGCAUGUAGCUGGUUACUGUGAUAUAAUAAAAGUCCUGUGUUGCAACGGCCACAAAUUGUCACAUGGUUCUCUAUCAACUAACGAAGUCUUCAGGUCCAACAUUUGGCCAGUUGUGUGUCUAGCUGUUCUUGCUCGUCCAACCUUCAGUGGUUUGGUAUUUAUCCAUCCUUGUUUUUUUCCUGAAUGUGUCUUAAUUAUUACAAAGGUCCACGCAACCUGACACCCACGUUGCAAAAUUUGUAAUUGCUUCUCUGCGUGUAAGUUGUCUGGGACUACCCAAAAGUAUUGGUUAAAUCUAGUCCCACAUAAAUACGUAUAUAUACCCCGAGAGGUAUUGUUCUUUAAGGUGCUGGGGAAGUAGAGAUUUUAAUUCAUACAACAAAGCCAUGUUAUUAAAAAUGAGUUAUCAUCCGAAGUUAGAAUAGUAGUUUUUGUCGGAAAACUGUGACGAUGUGAAAUGCAAGUAUUUACUCACUAUCUGUUCAACAUGAAGAGUUACGGGUUUUGUUUCGUAAUAAGACAUUAAACAACUGCAAGAUUAUCAAGCUUCAUUUCAUAUAAACUUUAUUGACGCACCGUGUAAAGUUAAUAAAUCUUACUCAAAUAUCUGUGUGGUGAUAAACGAUACUACUUUCCUUGUCUGACAUACCACUCUAAUUAGUUUCGGAUGCU